AUGGAUUUCGUGACGCUGGCCCCCGUCCAAUACAUGGACCCUUCGAUCGACACUCCGGAACUCGACGGCUUGAGCACGGCUCAUAGCUCCGAAUAUGAAAAUGGCCUGGAUCUUGCUUCGCGCGACUCCUCCGACUUCGGCACUGAUUCUACGCCUUCAGAGGAUGCGGAAAUCCUCGAUUCCGAAUACGCACUUUAUUACUAUCAAAUGGAGGACCCGUAUGCCCAUUUGAUAACGAAGGUCAAUGAUGACCUGUCGGCUUCCGAGAAGUCCUGUAACGAGCUGGCAAUGGAGCUGGAAAGAGAGCUACUUGCUGCAAGCGCAUCUGAAGUGGAUUUCAAACAGAAGGAGAGGGUCUAUGUUGAGAAGGCGGUGCCCGUCACUUUUAUCUGCUUCAUCUGUGGACGCUCAUACAAGAACGAGGAGGACAUGCGAGAACAUGUACGAGCAGAUCAUAUCAGCAAACAACGCGGAAAAUUCCCUUGUGGGUUCUGCAAAAAGCUGUUGGUUUCCGAGAUGAAACUGCGCUACCAUGUCAAGCGUCAGCAUCUCGUGCGCUUCGAGUGUAAGCAAUGUCCGCGGCAAUUCGCAGACCAGGUUUCGCUCACCAUCCACUUCGCAAAAGAUCACAGCGAUUUUUUGCCGGCCGUUCGCUGCAAGCGUUGCGAGAAGGACUUCGUUACGGAAGCUGAGCUGAAGAGGCACGACUAUUACUGCGAGCGCAAGGAUGAGAUUCUGGAGACGAGAAAGCUCAAAAGGGAGCAGGUGUUGAAGGAAACCGAGUCUCAAUUUGAUGAUUCGGAUGCGAGCUCUAGCGCCCGUCCAAUCUUGGAUAAAAGCUGUCCGACUUGCCGACUCGUGUGCGCUUCGAUACAAAGUCUAAAACGGCAUAUUCAACGCAAGCACCCCGAAGUAGAUGACUUCCAGCCCAGCUAUGUACCUAUUCAUUCGCCUAAGCACCCAUUUGCCUGCGACAUCUGCCGAAAGGGGUUCGGUUCCAACUCCGCAUUGAACAUCCAUCGCCGGCGCACCCAUGACAACGUCAAGCCAUGGCAAUGCGAGCACUGCAACAAGACCUACCCACUUCUCUCCGAGCUCAAGAAACAUAAUCAGCGCGAAAGGAGGAAGGACAUGGCGGCAAUCGAAACGGGGCUACCCCCAAAGGGCAGCGUGGCGGCGAUGGUCAACAGAAUGUCGCGCGUCGACCUGCCGAUGAAGAUGCCGAGUAACACGACGCCAAAGCCGUUGCCCAAGUCGCCAUCACUCAAUCUGCGAAUUGUUUUGUUCAAUUACGAGGCGGCGGAGAAGGACGAGCUGGAGCUACACGUUGGUGAUGUACUAGAGUGGCUACGAGACACCGAGGAGGGCUGGGCGCUGGGACGACGACAGCGAGACGACAAGGAAGGCCUUUACCCUACGAAUUUCGUCAAGGAUCAUAAGCCACACGCCUCCCCUCCAGCCAUCAGCGCCACCCGCAUCGAGCCGACACCCUCAUCCGGCCACAACGACUCGUUCACCAGGUCGACCACCUCGGCCACUGCUGCCAAACGGAUCAGCCAAUCCGACGCCACCGUGGCGAAUGAGAACGCGAUCAAUGGCAACCCGCCGUCCGUUCAGAAACCCGACUCUCAAGAGAUGGCACGCGUCCUCUUCACCUACCAAGCCUCCCACCCAGACGAGAUCUCCCUGAACAAGGUCGGGCAAAUGGUCAAAAUUAUCGACAAGAAUGGAACGGAUCCCGGCUGGAUGGUCGGCGAGCUCGACGGCAAACAGGGCCUUUUCCCCGAGAAUUUUGUGGAAAUCGUCAAGAUGGGCCAGUCGCCGUCAAUGAAGCCGCCGGCAAAGCCCCCAGGCGGAAUGGCGCCCAUCGUGCCGCCCGUCGUCCCCGCCAAGCCACCAAAGUCGAUUUUGAGCACGAGCUCUACUAACGUUUCGGAAGCUUCCUCUGCUGACACUUCUACAGCCCCGGCCCGGCCCGUCUCAGCCGCCCCGGCUUCCGUCCGAGCAGCCUCAAGCGGUGGCGUCGGCGCACUCCGGAAUCAACUGCUCAAUCAGGGUCUUUUUGCAAAAGGAGCUCCAGCUCCGGGUGACGUUCCAGUUUUGACAAAACCCGCUACCAACCAUCAAAUUGAACAGGGUCCCUCGCUGGAUGAACCGAUCGAUUCGGAUGCUACGACGUCCCAGCUUGUUCAUCUUAAUAAGGCUCGCCCGAAGCAACCAGCCGGUCGACGCCCAAUGUCUGUCUACGCUGGAAAGCGGCUGUCGGAAGAGAACCUCUUGGAUAACCCGAUGACUCGUAGCACCAUCGUCUCCUCAAAUAAUUCACAUGAAAGCCUGCCCGAGCCCCGGGAGCUGACGUCCCACGACACGUCGAUGACCAAGUCGCUGGAAAAUGAAAAGUCAUCACGUCAGGAGGAGCCUCGAUUCGAGCCAAAGACGGCUAUCUUGCCAAACACGCCGAAGGCGGCGAUUCCGAUGCCGGCGGGUAGCGGCGGCGGUGCUGCAGCCCUGGCCGGCAGCCACAUCAAGAACGUCAUCCACUCGGCCGUCAGCACAAAUUCUGGCGACGCCGACGAGACGAAGAAGGACCAAUGGGUUCGUCGCGAGGAGUACGACGCACUCCUCCGUCGGGUCAACGAUCUCGAGGCACGACUGGCCGCGUUGGAAAAGAAG